GCCAAGUCACUUUUUUCUCUCUCUCUUUCUGACUCACAGAGUUUCACGCUGCAAUGGCGACGGAGUACGAGCGGAAGCGAUUGGAGAACAUAAGGCGUAACGAUGAGAUGAUGGCGGCGCUCAACGUCCGAGCCAAAGCUUCUCUCCUCACGGCCGCAACGAAACGCCCUCGAGACGAAUCAAAAUCGUACAAGAAGAAGAAGGAGAAGCCAGAAACGCCGAUUGUAAUGCGGAAGUCUCUACGCACGAGAGGAUUGGAUCCAGAUUCGGUUGGUUUACCCAAUUGGUUCGCAGAUUAUCACAAACGCAUCCCUCCCCUGAACUCAUCGGCGCCUCUGCAGAAAUCAUCGGCCCGUCUAUUGGCUCCUCUUCCCUUUGAUAAGGCUUAUGAUGGAGAGGGCUCUUAUCACAAGUUCGUUGAGAGUAUGUGUGGUACUGCUAGUACGGUGGUUAAUGUUAAGGAUGAUUGUAGCAGCACUAGGAGGAGAUCUCCUCGCCUGUCUAAUAAGGAUGGGAAUGAUGAUUCUCCUGUGGUGAGUUCUGGUAAUGAUUAUUUGAAGAAAGAAGUUGUUAAGUCUGGGAAGACUGAGUUUGAUAGGGAACCGUUGAGUUUAGAAUCGAAUAACGUAGCACGUGUCGUUCCUGGGAGGAUUUUUGUUGUAAAGUUCAUGCCUUGCGAGAAUGUUAAGCUAGUUGCUGCAGGGGACAAGCUUGGCAACGUUGGUUUUUGGAAUUUGGAUUGCGAUAGGGAUGAGGAAGAUGAUGAUAAUGGGAUCUAUCUGUUCCAUCCUCACACUUCCCCUGUUUCAUCUCUUGUCUUUCAGCAAAACUCUCUCUCAAAGGUUAUUAGCAGCAGCUAUGAUGGUCUCAUCCGGUUGAUGGAUGCUGAGAAGUCGGUUUUUGAUCUGGUUUAUUCUUGCGAUAAGGCUAUAUUUUCCCUCUCGCAGAGACCUAAUGAUGAGCAAAGCUUGUACUUUGGUGAAGGAUAUGGAAUGCUGAAUGUAUGGGACCUCCGAGCAGGGAAGUCAAGUUCCAACUGGGAUUUACAUGAGCACAGGAUAAACUCUAUAGAUUUCAACCCGCAAAAUCCUCAUGUCAUGGCUACAAGCUCCACAGAUGGGACUGCUUGCCUUUGGGACUUGAGAAGCAUGGGAGCUACAACACCGAAAACGUUACAGACUGUGAAUCACUCUAGGGCUGUGCACUCUGCGUACUUCUCACCUACCGGCCUUUCACUCGCAACUACUAGCGUUGACAACUAUAUUGGUUUACUAAGUGGCGCCAAUUUUGAGGAUCUUUCCAUGAUAUCUCACGACAAUAACACCAACAGAUGGAUCUCUACUUUCAGGGGAGUGUGGGGAUGGGAUGAUUCAUCCAUCUUUGUAGCCAAUCGUUCUUCAAAAGGAAUAGAUGUGAUCUCAACGAAACAAAAGAGAACAGUGAAGGAACUGCAUGACCCUCUAAUGAGAGCUAUUCCUUGCAGAAUCCAUUGCCACCCUCUUAAUGUUGGGGUGAUUGCAGGAUCCACGGCCGGAGGACAGGUCUAUGUUUGGACACCAAAGUAACCAAUUUUCGAGUCGGCAUGAAUGAUGACUUGUUGUGUGGUUUUUGUUCUGUCAGCACCCAAAUGUUAUUUAUUUGGAACUUAAGUUACUGUAGAGAGAUGUAAUAACUUUUUAAAUUAAUGUGGGCCGUCCAAAUAUAUAAUUUAAUUUCGUAGUUUAAACAAAAAUAAGAAAAUAA